CAGAUGGCACAAGUCCUCGUAUUACAGUAGUUCCUCGAAAUGUUGUUACACCUGAAAACAGCUCUGCUCGGUUCGAUUGUGCAUUUGAUAAUACUGAAUUAGAAGAAUGGUAUUUUAGCAACCAGUUAUUAACAAAUAGUAGUAGACAUAAAAUAUAUCCUAACGGUUCCUUAGAAAUCUCACUCAUCACAACUGAUGAUGCUGGAAUAUAUUUAUGUAAAGGUUUGAGUACAAAGGAGUCUUAUCCUGAUCAAGUAUAUGCAGCUCAAUUACAAAUUGCAUUUUUAGAUUCAUUAACUGAAGACUCAUUGGAACCACUAGUACAUGAUGUGCAUGUCACUGUUCAUGACCCAUAUGAUGUCAUGUGUCUUGCACCCAAGGGUCUGCCUAAACCCAGGAUGUGGUGGGAAAAUCCGAAAGGCCAUGUUAUUAAUGAUAGUGGUCAUAUUUAUGUUGAGGAUAUGAGACUAAUUUUUACUGAAGUCCAAGAAGCUGAUGGUGGUGAAUACAAAUGCAAUGCAGAAAAUAUUGCAGCCUCUACAAAAGUUAGCUUUUCUUUAACCGUUUCAGCUGCUCCUACAAUAAUUAAGCAUCCAUUGGAUCUGACGGUAAAUGAAGGUGAAAAUGCCAAAUUUCAGUGCACUUACUCCAACACUUCUGUUGCUUCUGUUGUUUGGCUGAAAGAUGAAAAUUACAUCAAAGAUAGUGGCAAUCACAUUAUCUUAAAUGAACAGAAUGGCACGUUAUUAAUACGUAAUGUUGCUCCUUCAGAUGCAGGCUACUAUGCUUGUGAAAUCCAAAGUGAAGGAUUUUCAUCUGUGCACUCCAGAAGUGCACUUUUAUCUGUCAAAGAAAAAUUAAAGUUUAUCCCAGCUCCUGUAAACAGAAAAUUGGAAUUGUCUUCAAAUGCUAAAAUAUAUUGCAAAGCUGGUGGAUCCUCUCCACCUGUUGUGAAAUGGACAAAACUUGAUGCUCGGUCUCCAGAAUGGCCACCUCAUAUUAAAGAUGAUAAUGGUACCUUACAUUUUAAUCGAGUUCUCAAUACUGACAGUGGAAAAUACAUGUGUGUUGCCACAAACUCUCAAGGAGUAAUUAAUGCCACAAUUGAUGUGGAUGUGGUAGUAAUGCCAAAGUUCAAUGUCCAGCCAUCAGACACAGUUGCCAAUGAAGGAGAAUCAGUUAUUUUGCAUUGCUUAGCUGAGGGUGAUCCUCUCCCAGUCAUCCAGUGGGAUAAAAAUAAUGAACUCAAUGGAUUUGAUCAAAUGCGCUUUACAGUUCUGGAAAAUGGAUCAUUGUAUGCGUCAGAAAUUCAUGCAGAUGAUGAAGGAAAAUAUGGCUGCACUGCUGGUAACAGUGGAGGAUUGCGGAGACAUGAAGUUAGUCUUACAGUGAAAGCACGAGAAUUUAAUACCAACAGAAUUGGCCGUGAUUUUGGAAAUGAUGGAGAGAAUACAAUGACCAAGACUGUUGCUAUUACACUGGGAGCUGCUGGGGUUUAUAUAAUUCUUGUGGUUGGCCUGAUGAUGUGGUGUCGUUAUCGUAGAGCUAGACGUAAGGCUGUAAUGCUUGCCCAGGCAACUGCCGAUGUUGCAAAAUGUGAAACUGCAGAAAACAGUGAAACUAUGCAUGAUAUGGAACUAAAGGACAGAACUGCUCAAAAGAUUCAUUGUAAUGAUGUAACAACUUGUGAAGAAAAUUCAGAACUUAUGAAAAAUUUGAGUUUGAAGAAAUAUCACUAUCCUCGAGAUAAGCUGUCUGUUGUGAUGCUACUAGGCCAUGGUGAAUAUGGAGAAGUCUUUCUUGCCAAAGCUGUUGGCAUAUUAGAAGAAAAUACUGAAACUGUAGUCAUGGUAAAAUCAUUGGAAUCUAAAAAUGAACGUCUUAUUGCUGAAUUCAAAAAAGAAAUAAGUAUGUACAUUAAACUGAAGCAUGAAAAUGUUGGAACUGUACUUCGUGUGUGUCAAGAAGCUGAUCCGCAUUACAUGAUUAUGGAUUAUACUGACUGGGGAGACUUAAAGCAGUUUUUAUUAGCUACUGGACCUGAUGAUGCAUCAAAAGGUCCUAAGCAAUCACCUCUGUCAGUCUCUCAGAAUCUGAUGAUUUGCCAGCAAAUUGCUCUAGGGAUGGAAUAUAUCACUAAACAACAGUUAGUGCAUAAAGAUUUAGCUGCUCGAAAUUGCCUAGUAUCAUCAAAUUUAAAAAUUAAAAUCAGUUGCCCAUGUUUAUCAUUGGACACCUACUCUCAAGAAUAUUAUCAUUGUGAAUCCAGGAUUGUUCCACUGCGUUGGGCUCCUGCUGAGGCAGUGAUUGCAGACACCUGGUCUGUAAAAAGUGAUGUAUGGUCUUUUGCUGUCCUUGUUUGGGAAAUUUUUUAUAAAGCCGAAUUACCAUAUCUAGAAAUGUCAAAUGAAGACGUGAUGCAGAAACUUCAAGGAGGUGAAUUAAAACUGUGUAUGCCAAAAGAUGCUCCAGAAGUCCUAGUCAAACUUUUAAACAAAUGCUGGUCUGAAAAUCCCAGUGACCGUCCCUCAUUUUCAGAGGUUGUUACUGUUCUCACUGAAGUAAAUCUUAGUGUUCAAGUGUGAUAUUUUUCCUUUACAGGACACUUUUAGUCCUUUGCUAAUUGAAUUGCAGCACUGAUUAUCUUGUGAAGCUUUGCUUCAUUGCUUUAUUACACCCAUUCCUAAUGACAUUUUGUAACAAAUUACUUUACAUUUCAUUUUAAUGUUACUAUAACAUUUUGUAUUACAAAUAGCUUUUUACAGUGUGUUUAUAUAUGGAAGUCUGGUCAUUAAUUUCUUUUAGCAUUGACUUCAGUAUUCUGCAAAGAUGUCAUAUAUUUUACAAGGUGUGAAUAAUUUUCAACAUCCUUUUUAUUUUAUGAUUCUUAUCACAUGUCCAUUAGUAUUAUUCGAAUAAUUUAUUUUAAAAUAUAAAUGAGAAUAGUUUUAAUGUCAUUAGUUUAUUCAGAAGUAUGUUUUGUAAUACAUAAAAGCUGUUUUUCCCACACCUAAAAGCAUUAUCACACAUAUACAUGUAAUUGUUCUUUAAAAAAGAAAGAAAUAUCUAGUAAAAAAUGUAAUGUAGAAGUAUUUAUAAAUGGAUAUAUUAAUAGUUAAUUGAUAAUUAAAAACUAAUUUUUAAUUAUAGAUAAAUGUAUAAUUAAAAGGAAGAGUUGCAUUAAAAGUUUUUCUUUCUUUUUUUUUUUAAAGAUACCUUCCGAACUUUACACCAUCCACCAAAAUCUCUCUCAAUCAAAUUAGUAAGUCAUAACUGGUACUUUGAAGAAUAGUUGUAUUCAUGUAUUUUGCACAAUCAUCUGUUGUUUUCCUAUUUAAUACAGGUAAUGUAAUUGAAAAUAAUUGCAUCUGUAAAUUACUUUUGAGCAAUUUUUUAUAAAGUUAUAAAAAUGAUUAUCUUAGUACGUCUGCUUUACAAAUUAAAUUAUGUUUAUUUUAUUUAUAUGCCUAUGCAAGUGGUAUGAUAUGUACAUUUCCCAUGCCACAUUGCAAAAUUAGAAAUCUUAGGAUGUAUUUGAAACUGAUGUGGUUUGAAUUACAUUUAGGAAUUUAAAUAUAGGACGCUACAUAGUUACAAAGUAGAUUUAAUGAAUGUUUAGAAUAUUGCAGUUGUCUGUUUCAUAACCUAAGCAGGUUUUUUAUAUUCAUCUGUAUAUUUUUGCUUGUAUGUUGAGUAGUGAUAUAAAGACUGCAUGGAUCUAAUUCCAGUCUCAAUAUAAAUCCUAUUUGAAAAUGUACUGAAAAAGAGUAUUUAUUUAAUAUUUUGACAGAAAUAAAAGCAUAUUUCUGGACAGGACAUAUAAUUUUUUUGAACUUUUUGUCUUUCUCAUAAUUUAAAUGUUGUUUUGUAUUAUAUACAUCUAUCAAAUUGUUGUCGUCUUCUUCCCCCCCCCCAAUCAAGCUACUCAUUUUUUUGUGUGCAAGGUGUUUUGCUUAUAAAAAUUUAUGGAAUAAUUAGUCAAACAUAUAGCAUAUAAGCAUGACUAUUUAGGUAUAUUUAAAAAAAAAAUGACUCUGGUAGAAAACUACAUUUUUCUCCUAAGCCUGAAUGCAUUUUAUAUACAUGCAGUCAUAUUUCAUUUGGGUAUUAGAUGCUGUAUGUGUAUUUUAUUUUAGUAUCAGAUACAUUUACUUUAAAACUGUUUCUGUUGUUCGUCUUUCGCAAAGGCAUCUCAUUUUUAAAUUUGCAAGAGGAAAUAUGUGUAGCUUAGAAUGUGGUUAUGAAAUGUCAGAGCAAAUGUUAGAUAUUAGUAUUAUUUAUAAAAUUAAGAACAACCUAUCCUUAAAGACAAUACUUUUGCUAUGUUAUAUACUGCAUUUAUUCUCAUUUUUUAGAAGUGUUUAAAAAGAAUUAUUGAAUUCAGAAUUUGUUGUUUAUGACUUAUAAUCAAGCAUGCUUUUAAUAUCAUAUUGUCUUUGAUUCCAUUUACAUAAUCUGAUUCAUUUUGUAAAUAUUUAUUGGUGGUUUAAAAGCCAUGUUUUAUAAACCGCAUUAUUUAUAUUUUGUGAUACAUAAGUUUUUGAAGUCUUACACAUUUUCUCUAUGAGUUUAAAAAGAUUUUAUAUUCUAAUACAUUAUACGCAUUAGUUUUUUAAAGUGUUUGCUGUUUCAUCUUGUAACAGUGUCAAAAAGCAUUUAUGCUCCUGAUUCAACUGUAUUACACAAUUGAAAUUUGAAGCAAAGUCUUUGUCAUUUUUAAAAUAAGAUAUACUGGCUUAUAUAAAAGAAUUGACUUUGUAUAUAUAAAUGUACAGAAGUCUGUGUUAUGUACUUUUUCUCAUUACAUAUGCAGUGUAAAUGUAUCCAUUUUUCAUUUGAUGAUAUAUUUGUAUGGGCAUUUUACAUAUUUGCCGUUUUUAUGUGCAGUAUUAUGAAGCAGCAAAGUGUAAUAUUUAUUUGUGAAGUUCUUUAGUGAUUAGCAAUUUUUUCUGUAAAUAUAAAUGAAUUUCUUUGCA